AUGAGCGAGUGCGACGUGGAGGUGCCGUGCGACUUCGGCGUCAUGUUCGCCAGCGCGGACCUGGCAGGCAGUGGCGGCCUCCACUACGUGGAGUUUGUCGCCGCCUCGAUCAUAAUAGAGCCGAGGGCGUUCUGCAGCGACAUGAUGCUGCGGAAGGUCUUUCACUUCCUCGACGGCGAGGACUCGGGGCUCGUCACGGAGCGCAGCGUGCGGUCAGUAUUCGCCUUGCCGGCGUUCUGCGACGGCGGCGUUGUGCGCGAGGCUUGCGAUCCGAGGACACCAUCACCUUCCCCGCCUUCCGGACGCUGA